GGGGGGGAGAGAGAGAGAGAGAGAGAGAGAGAGAGAGAGAGAGAGAGAGAGAGAGAGAGAGAGAGAGAGAGAGAGAGAGAGAGAGGGAGAGAGGAGAUCCGUCUUUCUGAGGAAUGAUGACUGGGGUUUUCCUCCCCUCUUUGUGGUUGUGUAUUGACUGUAACGGGGAGCCGCGCCUCUGCCUGGUGGGAUUUGUUUCGGUUCGGCCUCCUUUUCUUUCUUUAGCAGGAGGGAUAAUGGUCAAGUCGAAAGCGCUAGAACUCCUAAAAAAUGUGAGCGCCUGAAGUGGGCUUGGCACGGGCGGGGAUGCGGCCACGGUGUAAAUAGCUCCGGGUAGGCACAGAGGGACUCCAGCGGAUUCCGAAAAGUAAGCAGCACGAAACUCGUGCUAAGAGUCUGAAAAGUAGACUGGCUAAAUGGAAAAGGAGGGAGGGAGAGGAGAAAGCAGAGGGGGAAGGAGGGAGGGAGGGAGAGGGAGGGGUGGAGUGGAAGAGGGGAAGAGGGGAAGAGGAGAGAAUAAAGAGGGAGGGAGAGAGGAUGGAGAGAGAGGGAGAGACAGAAUAUUGCAGGUAUUCCUAUCUGCCUAAUUUUUCUACUCAAAACUAUAGGAGAAACCGAAGCCCAGUGGAAGGAGCCUAUUUAAGUCGGGAGGAAGGUUGAACUUUAACAGAAAUGGCAGUCAGGCCAGUUGAACGGGUUCCUGAAACAUCCAAAAAGGUUUUCUGUUGCCCCAGGUUUUGCCGGGAAAGGAUAAGUUUAGUGUACUUCAAGAUUGUUCGCAUGUAUUUUAAAUUGAAGUGAAAAUCACGGGCUGCACGCGCACUAAAGAGGGAAAGGCUGCACAAGGCAGGGAAAGCCCCCAUCUCGCCUCGGUCCUUUAAUACAUAAGCAUAAUCUCCAGUAUGCUUGAAAGUCGGCCAACGUCACUGUAAACAACUGGGCCCACCGGUUUACUCUGCUCUCCCCUCCAAAGGGUGAGGUAACGCCUUUUUAAAUUUUUUUAUUAGUAUUAUUUUUAAUCUGCACACGAAGCACGCAGGGCGAUCAAGUCUUCCCAUUAGGCAAGUCCCUCUCCAGGAGCAAGGACACCUACGUUGCGCACAAGCCCCCAGCGAUGCUCUCUCCCUCGCCGCCUGGUCCCAGGGAGCAGGGGCUGCUUUACGCGCGUCCCCGGCUCAGUUAAUUGAAGUUCUGCCUCUUUCCUGCUGAACUUUUUCCCCGGUCUGCCUUUGCCAGCCCCCUCGUCUGAUUACAUCUAGUAAUUCUCCACUGAAUGAACGUCAUUUACAAUAGUAGGGGAGCUCUGCGCCCGCUGCUGCUUCACGCUCCAUUUGUCCUCCAUUCUCCCUUUAAAGUACUCGUGUAAUAUUAAUAGUCAUGAAUAUCAAUUAUUAUGAGGCGGUGUAGGCAAGCGGAGGGAGGAAGGGGCGCCCGAGCAGUCUGAGCCCAGCUUCGGGCGGAAGAGGACUGCCUCUGCAGCCUCGGAGAACCGCCGAAGAGAAAAAGGCCGAAAAGACAGCAAGAGACCGAUGAACAGCUCUGUCUGUGUGUGACAGGCGUCGGCAAUCUUGUUGGGGGGGGGGUGUAAUUUUUUUUUUUUGAUGGCUUGUCCUGGAAACACCUCAAGCUUGGCUCCUGUGUCCAGCCCGUUUCUCUGCUGGACUCCUUGAUUUUUUUUUAAUCAUUGUUUGAUUUUUGAGCAGUAACCAGGCUUUUUUUUCCAGAUGUUAGUCCACACCUAUUCAUCCAUGGACCGGCACGAUGGCGUCCCGAGUCACAGCUCGAGGCUCUCCCAGCUGGGCUCGGUGUCCCAAGGACCUUACUCGAGCGCCCCGCCGCUGUCCCACACCCCGUCGUCCGACUUCCAGCCACCCUACUUUCCGCCCCCCUACCAGCCGCUCCCCUACCACCAGAGCCAGGACCCCUACUCCCACGUCAACGACCCCUACUCCCUGAACCCCCUGCACCAGCCCCAGCAGCAUCCCUGGGGGCAACGGCAGCGGCAAGAAGUGGGUUCAGAAGCCGGCUCUCUCCUGCCCCAGCCUCGGGCCGCCCUGCCCCAGCUCUCGGGCCUCGACCCCCGGAGGGACUACCACUCGGUCCGCCGGCCGGACGUGCUGCUGCAUUCGGCGCACCACGGCCUGGACGCGGGCAUGGGUGACAGCCUCUCGCUGCACGGCCUCGGCCAUCCCGGCAUGGAAGACGUCCAGUCAGUUGAAGAUGCCAAUAACAGCGGCAUGAAUCUAUUGGACCAGUCUGUCAUAAAAAAAGUUCCGGUUCCUCCCAAAUCUGUGACUUCUCUAAUGAUGAAUAAAGAUGGCUUCCUGGGAGGCAUGUCGGUCAACACCGGCGAGGUGUUUUGCUCAGUCCCCGGCCGCUUGUCCCUGCUCAGUUCAACUUCAAAGUACAAAGUUACGGUGGGGGAAGUUCAGAGACGCCUGUCGCCCCCCGAAUGCCUCAAUGCAUCUCUCCUCGGCGGCGUCCUCAGAAGAGCCAAAUCGAAAAAUGGGGGGAGAUCUUUGCGAGAAAGGCUAGAAAAAAUCGGUUUGAAUUUACCCGCGGGCAGGCGCAAAGCAGCAAAUGUCACGUUACUCACCUCCCUGGUGGAAGGAGAAGCUGUUCACUUAGCUCGGGAUUUUGGGUACAUUUGUGAAACAGAGUUUCCUGCCAAAGCUGUUUCUGAGUAUUUGAACCGGCAGCACACGGACCCCAGUGACCUGCACUCCCGAAAGAAUAUGCUACUGGCCACCAAGCAACUUUGUAAAGAAUUUACGGAUCUGCUGGCUCAGGACCGGACGCCGAUCGGGAACAGCCGGCCCAGCCCCAUCCUGGAGCCGGGAAUCCAGAGCUGCCUCACGCACUUCAGCCUCAUCACGCACGGCUUCGGCGCCCCGGCCAUUUGCGCCGCGCUCACGGCCCUGCAGAACUAUCUCACCGAGGCGCUCAAAGGCAUGGACAAGAUGUUCUUGAACAACACCACCACUAACAGGCACACGUCUGGGGAAGGCCCAGGUAGUAAAACUGGCGACAAGGAGGAGAAACACAGGAAAUGAAAAAUUAAAAAAAAAAAAAGGAAAAAUGUUUUAAAUACAAAAGGAAAACAGAAAGAAAUUUAAUUUUAGCUUUAAAAUAUUGGAUUGGCUUUGGAAGAAUUAUAUUAGGUAGAAUACACAUACAAUCAAAAUUAAAAAAAAAAGCUAAAUAACUUAAAAAAAAAACUGAGGCGUACAACGGAGCAACAGUAUCGGUUCUCAGUGUCUAUUUCAAGAUACACUUGGAGACAACCGUCCGGAUUUUCCACUUCGGUUCUUUCGAGCUUAGUAAUACUGAUAAUAAAAAGAAAACCAUGAUUUUUUUCCCUUUUGGAAAAUAAACAUAAGACUAAACGUGAGAAAACGCUAACUUAUUGGAAGAAAAUCGGAGAAACCUUGUCGGUGUCAGUGCUUUGAGAGCUGGUUGAUUGAGACGCACGAACUUUUUUUAAUUUUUAAUAUAUUUUUAGGAAACUCUCUCGCAGUCCCCGCCCUUCCACCUCACCUCCCUCCUCUCCCAGCCGCCCUUUUCUCCGUUGCCCUCCCAUCCUCGGCUGUCACGGGAAUCUAACGGGAUGAAAAGGCUAGCCCUCUGACGCGGUGUUUCGGUCCCCUCGGUGCCCCCGCCCCCGCCCC